UCAUCCUCUUAGCUCCUGGUUCUUACUGUUCUUACCGUUCCUCCUGGCUUCCACUCAAGCUUCCGCUGGACCACGACCAAUCAGCCCAGCCCAAUCACCUCUCAACGUCAGUGACCAGAGCUUUAGACAGUGGUUCUUCAAGGCUCUCGUGCUUCAACCAUAUACGAAAGAUGAAAUUGUUCUCCCUCCUCGUGUUAUACAAGGAUGAUAGCUCGGCCUCCAUUCUCAAGGCCAGUUACGACCUCAGUUCAUUCAGUUUCUUCCAAAGAAGCUCUGUCCAAGAGUUCGUCACAUUCACGGCCAAGAUCCUGGCCGAGCGCACGCCCACUUCCUCCAGACAAUCCGUGAAAGAGGCCGAGUAUAUGUGUCAUGUUUACGUCCGAAGUGAUAACUUAGUUGGGGUGUGUCUGUCGGAUCAUGACUAUCCCCACCGAGUGGCUCACACAUUGGUCACCAAGGUUCUCGAAGAUUUCACGGCUCAAGUGCCUCGAGCCCAAUGGUCGACUGGAACCCAAGUCCAGGGCUUCAGCGGUCCCCUGGAUGUGUACAUGAAGAAAUAUCAGGAUCCUAAUUCAGCUGAUCCAAUGACGAAAGUCCAAAACGAACUGGAUGAGACCAAGAUCAUCCUACACGAUACUAUAAAAGCCGUGCUGGAUCGAGGCGAGAAAUUGGACGAUCUGGUGGCGAAAAGUGAAGACUUGACGCUCCAAUCCAAGACCUUCUACAAAACGGCCAAAAAGACAAAUUCUUGCUGUGGAAGUUGGUCCUAAUCUGCAUGCAUGUAGAAGUGCACUCCACGCCCCCUCCCUGGAUAUUUUGGCGCAACCCACACGUCUUUUUCUAUGUUCAUUUUAUUGAUGACGACAACGCUGAUUAGGAUUAAACUUGUACGAGCAAUGUUUGUUCGUUGCACUUGUCCACUUUAAUAACUGUACAUUGUCAUGAAUUUUCUAUUUGUGCAUAGGUAAAAUACAUGAAUAUUCGUCACUUUCCCGA